GAUUGGUCUCGUCUGUCUAGUUGUCGAGUGUAGUCGGUCCUGGAAAAGAAUCUGAGGGGUUGAAAAGUUGCUUUGUUUUAGUUUUGUUGAAAUAAUUGUGAGUUUGCUCAGGCUGUUUAAGUUCUGCUAAAAUUAUGGCUUCCUCGGACGUAGCUCGACAGCUGGAUAAAGGAGCCCGGCCCUUGUCCCUAGCUGGCCAUGUCGGCUUUGACAGUCUCCCAGAUCAGCUUGUCAACAAGUCCAUCAGUCAGGGCUUCUGCUUCAAUAUUCUCUGCAUCGGUGAGACUGGUAUCGGCAAGUCGACACUGAUGGACACACUGUUUAACACCAACUUUGAGAACUUUGAGUCGUCCCACUUUGAACCUCAGGUGAAGCUGCGGGCUCAGACCUACGACCUCCAGGAGAGCAACGUCAGGCUCCGUCUCACUGUGGUCAACACCGUCGGCUUUGGGGACCAAAUGAACAAACAAGAAAGCUAUCAGCCGGUGGUGGAUUACAUUGAUAAACAAUUUGAGACUUACCUUCAGGAGGAGCUGAAAAUCAAGCGCUCUUUGCACAACUACCAUGACUCACGAGUGCAUGCCUGCCUGUACUUCAUCUCCCCCUCUGGUCAUUCGCUCAAAUCCCUGGAUCUCGUUACAAUGAAGAAGCUGGACAGCAAGGUGAACAUAAUUCCAGUCAUUGCCAAGGCGGACACUAUCAGUAAGAGCGAGCUGCACAAGUUCAAGAUCAAAAUCAUGAGCGAACUGGUCAGCAACGGAGUUCAGAUCUACCAGUUCCCGCUUGACGAUGAGACCGUGGCAAAGGUCAACACCACUAUGAACGGCCAUCUCCCAUUUGCUGUCGUGGGCAGCACAGAGGAAGUGUGUGUUGGCAAUAAGAUGGUGAAAGCUCGCCAGUAUCCAUGGGGCGUUGUUCAAGUGGAAAACGAGCACCAUUGUGACUUUGUGAAACUGAGGGAGAUGCUYAUUUGUGUAAACAUGGAAGACUUGAGGGAGCAAACCCACACACGCCAUUAUGAGCUUUACCGGCGCUGCAAAUUAGAGGAGAUGGGAUUUAAGGACACGGACCCGGAGUGCAAACCUGUCAGUUUACAGCAGACGUAUGAGGUCAAGCGUCAGGAGUUCCUGGCUGAGCUGCAGAAGAGGGAGGACGAGAUGAGGCAAGUUUUUGUGCAGAGGGUGAAGGAGAAGGAAGCGGAGCUGAAGGAGGCUGAGAGGCAGCUGCAGGGUCGUUUUGAGCAGCUGAAGAGUCGGCAUGCGGAGGAGAAAGCAGCUCUCGAGGAGAAGAAGCGUCUUCUGGACAACGACCUGACUUCUUUCGGGAAUAGAAAAACUGCGGCUGCGCUGCUUCAGCCCCCGGGCUUCACGGUCAACGGGAAGAAGGACAAGGACCGGAAGAAUUCUGGCUUCAUGUGAAGACGUAAGGGGUCCGAAGUGCACAUCAUUAUGACCAGUGUAACCAGUGGCCUUUUGUCCACAUUCUUUUAAGCCAGUCCACGACACUAAUGAGAAAAACACAGCACCCACAGCUGUACCAUGUAUUAGCUUGAGCUGCCAAAGUUUAAACACAGUUUCCAAAAACCUAUGUACACUAUCUUCUGAGGUAUUUGUAAUCUCUUUUAAGUUUCUUCUGGGGGGGUGGGGAGGGGUUGUUUGUAUUGUUUUGUUUUUGUAUUUAUCCUCUUUUUUUUUUUUUUUUUGGCCAGGCUAAAUAAAAACCAUUUCAAAUGCUGUUUACAAAUCACUUAGACUGGUACAAAAAUUCAUUUUUGGUAUUUUUUUUCUACUUAAGUUGCUUAUUUUCCCUCUUUUGUCCCUUUGUGUCCUUUUCAGACUUUCUAGAGUUCUUCCCUUGUCAGUACGUUAACACUCCAGCUAACAGGUCAUUUUUCUUUGUUUUUGAUUUUUUUUUUUUUUUAUAUGUAUGCAACAAUUUUAAUGUAAGCUGGAAACAUCAUACAUGUCUUGCUGAAUUAGAUUUCCCCAUAAUCUUUGAAAUAUGUCUUUAAAUAGUUUAAACUUCGAUACCUUUUCUCAGAUAUUUUACUACAUUCAUCUUUAAAAAUGAGGUCAAAGGGCAUUCAUUAUGUUUGUUUGUUUUUUCCUUUGAGUUUUUUGUUUGUCCUCCUGUAGUUGUUUCCAAAGGGAAAUGGUUGCUCCUGACUUUUCUCCAUUUCUGUGCAUUUAGAGAUACUAAGAUUUUCUGAAACUAGGAUUGCUAAAGUUUAUUUUUUGAUUUGGAAUAUAUUACAGGAUCUAUUUAUGAACAUAUUUCUUUCACUCCCUUUUUUCACUGCCACAAACAGUGGAUUUUUGCUGCAAAUCAUGAGUAAACUAUGCAUUAUAUUGUAUCAAUGUUAAGGGAGCAAACCUAAUAGAAGGAAUGCGCUUUUCCUUUUUAUCCAUAUUUUCAUUUUACGUUGUACUGUAAAUCUAAAACGGAACACUGUGGUGCUGGUUUGACUCACUUUUACUGACACCUUUUCUGACAAUUGUACUUACAAAUAUUAGUGCCUUAAGUGUAUGAAACUUAGACGUACACUACCCACACACUGCCACAAACAUCAGUUUACUACAUUUGUUUUUACGGAGUAAACGGUAUUAUUUGGAAUCUUUUUUGCUUUUUAAAUAAAUCCUUGUAUUUUUGUCAUGA